GAUGCCAGGCCCUUCCCGGCAAGUUUCGCAGGACUUGAAGGAUGCAGCAGCUGCAGCUGCCACGGAGAAAGAGUUUUUGCCCAGCUUUCCGUGGAAGAAAAAGAAGAAGAAAGGAGAAGAUACCAAGGAAGAGAAGAGCUCGACAUCGACCAAAGCAAAGACCAAAGAAACGUCCUCAGAGGAAGAGGAGCUGACCAACUCAUCCAAGUUGGACACGAGUCUGGAGGAAGCGUUAAUGCCCAAGAGAAAGAUCCGACCGACCCGCGUGGGUGGCUUCCUCUGCGCCCAGUUCGACCUGGAUCUCUUCGCCCUCUCGGGAGGUGCCUUUCCCGGCAUGGUUGGCGUUGGGUUGCUGGGAGAUAUUCACUAUCAGCCCACCACCCACUGCUAUGGCUGGACCGCAGAAAUGUACCUCAUGUUCUCCAUUGGUGUAGGCCUAUGGGGAAUGGACUUCCGGGUGGCUCUGGUGGUGAUCACCACGCUGGUGGUCACCGAGCGUCCGCUGUCGGCCGGCGCCAAGGAUCUGGUCUGGGAGCUGCCUCCUGGCUUUGAUACGGCGCACUGCAUGCAGAGCAACCCCUUCAAGUUGAUCACUGCGACGACUACAGAAGGAUGGAAGUUCAUCUACCAUCAUGUCCUGAAGAAAAGGUACCUGAAGCAUGCAGAAAACGAAGUUAAAAGGUACUUGACAGAAAACAAACACGAGAUCGCGGGUUUUCAGAGAUAUAUGGACUUCAUUGAGCCGCCCCAAGCCUUGCCUGAAACCAUCACCUCUCCCACACAGAGUCGAGGCUUAGCCUCCACGGGCAUAGUGGCCUCAGUGGAGAUCAAGGGACGUUGGCAAAAGGGUUUCAUCGAGUUAGAGGUCAUCAUGCCCAAAGAGCAACGAGUGACCAGUAGUGGUGUGAGUGGCAGCCUCUUCGAGUUCGUUAGCGAAGUCCGUGCAAAGAUCUGGCAGGAGAUUGGACAAGUGGUUCUCAGUCAGAAAAGUGGUCGCUGCGAUUGGCCCAAGUAUGACAACUUCCGUUGCAAGUUCCGCUUCAAUGCCAGGCGCCAGGCGAUGGCCUAUGCGCAGAUCUCCUUCCACACCUUCCAGGAACUGGGUGAUGCAUCAGUUUACUGA